AUGUCUAACAAAGAUUACUAUCAGCAGGGCGGUUCAGGACCUUACAACACCCCUCCAGGACCACCACCAGGGCAAUACUAUCCUCCCCAAGGGCCACCACCACAAGGCGGAUACUACCCACAGCAACCACCGCAGGCUUAUCAGCCCGGUCCUUACCAACCUCAACCUCAGCCACAAACAGUUUACGUACAGGGGCCGCCUCAGAAAUCGACUAACGACGGGACAUGUAUGGCUUGCCUCGCUGGUAUAUGUAAGUGCCGUGUGGCCCGACGUGUGAAUAUUCUGAUGGUGUAA